CCAACACACGCCCCAUCAGUCGAAUGAGCAAAGCUCUGUAAGAUAGGUCGUCUGCCAGUGAGCGGUGUGUGUGUGUGUGCGUCUGUCUUGCCGGUAGGAGAAGAGUUCGCCACAGUUGUGUUGUGUCUACCCGGCUUGUCUACGGUUGGAUAAACGUUAAACAGUGGAUCAAUUAGCCUCGCUACCAGACAACAAGCCAAGGGUCGCGACGACCUCGUACAUUUGUGGUGUCGACCUAAAUCCUCACCCCCAACCCAAUAGAGGCACGAUCAAACGCGUACAGAUCGUAAGACACUUACUCACAUUCGUCAACGGCGAGAAGAAGCUCGGAGGGCGCGAUUCUGUAGUUAUAAAAGUAGCGCGAACUCUGUCCAGUGUGGUCACAACGGUGCUUCCGGUCGUCGGAAUAAUUAGUCUGCCGAAGAUCCGUGUCAGCCAGCAUGCAGUCGUUCACGAUGCUCCUGUCCAGCACACUGCUGAUCACCGUCUUCUGCCAGAUAGCAGUAGCACAAUUUAACCAAUGUAAGGGAAGUGAUAGCUGCAUCGUCAUUAACGACUGUGCCCGGUUUGGUCCCCAUUUUAACGACCCCUCCAAAUGGUCCGUUAGCUUAAAAAAUGAGUUCCGAUCGAAGGUUUGCAAGCGAGAAAAGACCAAUAAAGGAAACGUCUACAAGGUGUGCUGUCAGCAAUCAGUCCCCGAGAAUAAUAACCGCCAGCGAGGGCUCGACCUGCUCGAUCUGGAGAGUUGCGGUGCGUAUUCGGUAGACAAGAUCGCGUUCGGCCAUGAUGCCAAACUGUUCCAAUAUCCUUGGAUGGCGCUACUGAAACCGAGGUUUGGAAACUUUGUCUGUGGUGGUACGCUGAUCAACGAACGUUACGUACUGACGGCGGCUCACUGUUUCAAAAAUAAUGACGUUGCGAUAGUCCGGUUGGGUGAGUUUAAUUUAAGCAGUGACAUCGAUUGUGACAAACAUGGCGAAUGUGCACCAGCACCACAAGACAUUCCCAUCGAGCGGGCCAUCCUGCACGAGAGCUACAGUGCGCGCCGUAAAGUGAACGACAUUGCGUUGAUCCGGUUGGCACAGAAGGCUUCCUAUAACGACAAUGUACAGCCUAUCUGCCUACCGGCAACACCGGCGAUGCGUACCAAACAAACCGUCUACUUUGUUGCUGGCUGGGGAAGAACGGAGACCGCACUUUACUCGGACAAACUUCAAUACACGAUGCUCAACAUACUGCCAAAUGAGCAAUGUAGUCAGCAGCUGCUGAAGGUGGAUCCGUACACCAAGAUCUACGACAGUCAGAUGUGUGCGAUCGGUAGGAAUCUAACGGACAACUGUACGGGAGAUUCGGGUGGACCGCUUAAAGCGGUCAGCAUCAACGCCCGGUUUGUGCAGUACGGUGUAGUGUCGGUUGGACUGCGAUCGUGUGGCAGACAGAGUGCGCCCGGAGUGUACACCAGGGUGGAAAGCUAUAUGGACUGGAUAUUGAACCAUCUGGAGGAAUGAGUAGCGAAAAAGUGGGAUAGAACUUUGACAUACUUAAGAGCUGCAACAGGGCCCGGUAGUAGAUGCGUCAUCGGCGCCGGUCUUCAUACGGCAGGACCAAGGUUCAAAGCUCACCUGGGCCCCAUAGUAAGGACUGACUAUCCAACUAUGCGGUAUCAACCUAUUAGUAAGCCAGAAAUGGCAGGCAUGACCUAUAAGAGGUCGUUAGGCCAAGAAAGAAGAAGAAUAGGUGCAACAGCCUUGAACAAUAAUUUUGCCAUAUAGUAAUAAGCAUAACACCAUAUGGGACAGUAAAAAAAAAAUAAAUAAAUAAAUAAUAUAACUGACAAACAGUCGUAUAAACGAGACAUGUUCUCUAUCUCGAAGAAACUUUUUAAGACAGAUUGACGCAGUAAAGACUUUAACUUUUGAUAACUUUAAACUUUAAAUUUAAGUUAAACUCUUUGUACAAGCACUGUACGCUAAUAAAAAGAGAAGGUA